UAAUUCGAGAUUUCAAAGGUGCGGCAAUCGAGAUGGACGUUCUAUUAUGGAUGGCCGUAAGGGCAGUAAUGGCCGUAAUGGAGAAUUUCCCAAUUUCCAAGAUUCGGAGAUUGAGAUGGACUUUCUAUUAUGGAUGUCUGUAUAG